UUUUGUUCGUUGGGAGAAAUAAAAGAAUUCGGCCCAUAGCAACUUCAAUGGGCGAGCAUGCGGGGGCCUACUAACAAGAGGCAUGGCGCAUGGGCCGGUGGUCCUCAACUUGGGCCUACAUAGUAUAUCUGCAUAAGAAAAAAAACAAAUACUUCUAAUCGAUAUGAGAAGUCAAAGACUGUAUUUUGGCAUUUAUAUUACGACUUUUUAAAUUUGUACCCUUAGUUUUGCCACAUUUCUAAUUUUUACCUUUAGUAAUGUUUUUUUCUCAAUUUUUCCCUUCUGCUUUAUAGCACUAGAAGACCAAAACUGACCAAAAAAAUAUGAUUAAGGAUAAAAAUGAGGACACCAGCAAAACUGAGGCCACCAGCUUAAUACAACCUUUAGUUUGCUUGAAUUUCAUACAUUUUCGAGUGUGUGUCCAAAAGUAGAGCUAGAGACCGUAAUCGAGCUGCCAAUGACUUGGCACAGCUAGCUAGCUAGGCCAUAUAUAUGAGUGUACAUGUUGAAGGGGAAGAGAUCAUCAUCUCAACCUCCAUCCAGAGUCAUGUUGGUGAUGGUUUGGUAGCAGCUAUAGCUGAGCAAUGCAAAUUAUAGGUUAGUAAAGAAGAAGAAAAACAAUGAGCAACGUUCGUAACUACUUGAAGGCAGUGAGAUUAGAUGCCUUCCCUUCUUCCCAAAUCCCAACAGGGAGAGAUAUAAGAAACUCUUACGAACUGGUCAGCCGCAAUAAUAGCUAGGUAGUAGGUGCAUCUUCCAGUCAGGCUAGCUGUUUCUUUACCAUCUACUCUCGACAGUCGCCAGCCACUUGUAUGUACGUUGCCAUACCAUGCAUGUGCACAUCCUCUCUCUCUAUAUAUAAAAGAUGAACUAGUAGUAGUAGCAAGAGAAAUAAAACAAAGAUUAGAUGCCUAUGAUUUAUGUUUCCAUCCAACUAAAGCUUAGUCCAUGUCACAUUAAAUGUUGGAAGGACACUUACGGGUAUUAAAUAUAGUCUAAUUAAAAAAUUAAUUACACGUACGUAGAAUUGUAGACUAAAAGACGGGACGGAUUUAUUAAACUUAAUUAAAUAUAUAUUUAAUAUUUAUAAUUGAUAUUUAAACAUGUAAUGUGACACGAACUAAAUUUUAGUCAAAAUAACCAAACGCCUUAUUAAUAACUCCCAUGUAUAAAUACAUACAUGCAUGCAUAAGUGGUAAAUGAAACCAGCGCCUCAGCUCACACCUCACAGUCCUUAGCUGAUAGAGCUUACCCUGCCGCGUGGAAGCCUCAAACUCGAGAGAGAGAGAGACCAUGUGCGAGGAGAAGAAGUCAGGGGGCGGCAGCGCCAAUAAGUGGCGGCACCCUGUGAGCCUCGUCUUCCGUAUCGCCGGCAUCGCGAUGGCCGUGGCGGCGGCAGCGGUCAUGGCGGCGGCGAGCCAGUGCACGGUCUACGCCGACUACGACUACGGCGCGCGCCCGAGCACCGUCACGUACAGCGACUUCCCUGCCUUCGUGUACCUGGUGGCGGCGACCUCCAUCGCGGCGCCACUGGAGGCGGUGGCGCUGUUCCUCAGCGUUAGCAAGAAGGGCAAGAAGGGCCUCCUCAGGGUGCUCAUGCCGCUCCUCGGCGCCGCCGCGCCGGCGCUGCUCUACUCGUCUGCCGGCGCGGCGUUCGCCGCCGGCUGGGACGUCUACUACUACUCGGAGUCGGAGCCCAGCGCCGGCGGCGGGCGGCGCUUCAGCGUCUGCCGCAGUAGCGCCGGCGCCCGCUUCUGCGGGCAGGUGCACGUGUCCAUGUGGCUCGCGCUCGGCGCCGCCGUGGCCGUGUCCGUCGCUGAGUGCCUCACCACGUUGCUGUGGUCCGCCAGCUCCGACUCUGACUCGGCCGACUCUGACUCGGACGACUCUGUUUGUGGGCAUGGGUGCCAUUGCAAGCAUUAGGCUAUAGCUGCGCCAUUUUGUUUGCUUCUAAAUUUGUUGAUAAAUCAACGAAUGUAUGCUUGCUUGUGUGGUUCAUAUAUGGAAUAUGAUUCAAAUAUUGGCAUGUAGCCUUUUUUCCGUUUAAAAGAAAACAAAUAUUAAUAUGUUUGAGUUGGAAAGAAAGAAAAAUGAUUCAAA